CGGAGAUCUGCGCGCCGUGGUGGUGCCAGCCCGCUUGGGGGCGCCGCGGAACCGGCCACCUGGACGCGCCUCCGACGCGCACGGGGGGUUUCCCGGAGCCCAUAAAAGCCGGUCGGAGGACGCAUGGCUGGACAGAGCCUCCUGCCCGUCCCUGCUCUCCUCUUCCCCCGCUGGGCUCUGGCCGGGCCCGCCCUGGACGCUCGCCUGCUCGGAAGCUGAUGCGCCCUGCCCGUGCGCUUUUACGCGCGGCUGGUGCGCCAUGGGAGACUCCCAGCGGCCGCCGCCGGAGCCCUUGUCCGCGCGCUCCCGGCUCAGCUACUCGGUGGGCCAUUUCCUCAACGACCUGUGCGCCUCGAUGUGGUUCACCUACCUGCUGGUUUACUUCCACUCCAUCCUGGGCUAUAGCACCAGCCACGCGGGGGCGCUCUUGCUGGUGGGGCAGGUGGCCGACGGCAUCUGCACGCCGCUGGUGGGCUACGAGGCGGAUCAGGACGGCGGCUGCGGGCGCUACGGGAGGAGGAAGUCGUGGCACUUGGCCGGUACCAUCUGCGUCCUCCUCUCCUUCCCCUUCAUUUUCAACCCUUGCCUGGGCUGCUCGGAGAACACCCCCCAGUUUGCAGCCCUCAUCUAUUUCAUCCCCUUCAUCGUCAUCUUCCAGUUCGGCUGGGCCGCCACCCAGAUCUCCCACCUCUCUCUCAUCCCGGAGCUGGUGGACAGCGACCACGAGAAGGUGGAGCUCACAGCCUUCAGGUAUGCCUUCACCGUCAUGGCCAACAUCACCGUUUACGCAGCGGCCUGGCUGCUCCUUCAUUUCCAGGUGGGCCACCGCGGGCAGCCAGAACAGAGCCACCACCUCGGCCGCCACGACAUCCCCGUCUUUCGGAACCUGUCUCUGAUCGUGGUGGGUGUUGGCGCCAUCACUUCGCUUCUCUUCCAUCUCGGCACCAAAGAGAAGGGCGCCCGGCUUGCCAGGUUGCCGGAUCCUGAGGAACGGACCCCCCUGUUGCCUCCGGACCGAAAAAGCCCCGCUCGGCCCCUCCUCCUCUGGAAACACUGGCUUUUGGAGCCUGCUUUCUACCAGGUGGCAAUGUUGUAUAUGGCCACACGACUCAUCGUCAACCUCUCCCAAACCUACAUUGCGAUGUAUCUCACCAACUCGCUGAUGCUCCCCAAGAAGUUCAUCGCCACAAUUCCCCUGGUGAUGUACAUUAGUGGUUUCCUCUCCUCCUUUCUGAUGAAGACUGUGAACAAGAAGAUUGGCAGGAAUUUCACCUACUUCGUGGGCUUGCUGAGCAUCCUGGCAUUUGCUUCCUGGGUGGCUCUGGCUGAACGAAUCGGCGUUGAGAUCUAUGGAGCGGCCGUCCUUCUCGGCACCGGCUCGGCCACUAUCCUGGUAACGUCCCUGUCCAUGACGGCCGACCUCAUUGGAAGCAACACACACAGCGGUGCCUUCGUCUACGGAGCCAUGAGCUUCACGGAUAAAGUCGCCAACGGGGUGGGCGUGAUGAUCAUCCAGAACUUGCACCCGUGCCCGACUGAGCACUGUUGCAGCAACUGUGUGCCGUUUUACCGCUGGGUGAUGGUGGCCGUCACCGGAGGAAUGGCUGUCGUCGCCACUCUGGGCCUCGCCUGCAUAAUGAUUUGGCCCAUCCGUGUCCGGUUCCAUGACAUCUCCGUUUCGGGGCUGGCCGGCACCCGAUCCCAGGCACUCGGAGACUCCGAGGGCAGCGGAAAUCCCAGUGUCGUCAACUGAGGCUCUGUCCCCCUUGGGGGGGGGGGGAGCAAGCCGGAAGACGCCUUGGCAGGGAAGACCCAAAGACUCGGCUGCCCUCCUCUCAAUCCAACUGGGUUCUUCUUGAGAAUUGGACCAUUCCCAACUCUUUCCUCUCCCUUUUCCUCCUCCUUGCACAUUUUGCACAGUUCUGUCCCGUCACCCGCCCUGCCCUUCCUUUUGCACGAUGUUCACAAAAGAUACUAGGCCUCAUGAAGGAAGAAAUUCUCCACCCACCCAGUCCCUAUCUUCCCUGCCCUCGUCACAUCAGACCACUUACAUAUAUAUAUAUAUAUAUAUAUAUAUAUAUAUAUAUAUAUAUAUAUAUAUAUAUAUAAAUCUACUUGUAUAUAAGAAUUAUAAAUAAAGGUGUGUGUUUUAUUAAAAAAAGAAAAGAAAAGGGAAGCUUACAUUCUUUCUCUUCACUAAGUCGUAAAAGCUGGACACUGAAGCCAGUGUUGUUGUUGUUGUUUAUAUUUUGCUUUAUUGAUUCCAAAAAGAAAACAAACAGUCAACAAAAACACUUCAACACGUUACAAAAAGAUACUAUGGUUUCUUAGUACAUAUCUUCUAUGGCGACUUCCCAUCAUGGUUCCUUAGUACUUUUUGGUUUGUUGCAUUUAUCUUUAUCGAUGAUAAUACAUCUCAGUUCUCUUAAGUUUCUACGGUUUCUUGCAGAAGUCACUUCAGGCCUGCCAACAACUCCAGAUUUUUGCAUUGCUCCCUGAGAUAAUUUCUAUACAUGUCCCAUUCCCUCAUAGAUGUUUGUUCCAUCCGGUCCCUUAAUUUUCCCGUCAUUUUUGUUAAUUCUGCAAACUCGAUAACAGUUUUGAUUGCCACUCCAGUUUAGUCGGUGUUAAAUCUCCUUCCCAGUUUCCAGCUUUUAGAAUUCUUGCUGCCACGGUGGCAUAGAGAAAUAUCUUCCUCACCUUUUGGGGUAUCUCUGUGCCUAUUCCUGUAUUCCUAAAAGGCAUAGAUAUUGAAGCCAGUGUUGGUCCAAUGAAAAUAAUGAACUUUAGUCACCAGAUGUCAAAGAAAUAAACAACUAUCUGACUUUUAGAAGACAUCUGAAGGCAGCCCUCUUUAGGGAAGCUUUUAACAUUUGAUGAAUUAUUGUAUUUUAAUAUUUUGCUGGAAGCCGCCCAGAGUGGCUGGGGAAACCCAGCCAGAUAGGUGGAGUAUAAAUAAUAUAUUAUUAAAAAAUUCCUUCAGUAGCACCUUAAAGACCAACUAAGUUUUUAUUUUGGUAUGAGCUUUUGU